UGAGCAACAAACGUCACGCCCAUUCGGGCUUCAACCGCAACAAUGGAUGACCUCGAAAACCUCGAGUUCCUGUCGCUCGUGUCCAAGGUCACGUCAGAAAUUCAGAACCACUUGGGCGUGUCCGACAAGACGCUCGCCGAGUUCGUCAUCGACCAGCAUGCCAGCGCAAAGGGCGUCGCCGACUUCAAGGAGCAGCUGGAGGCCAUGGGCGCCGAGUUCCCGCAGAGCUUGGUGGAGAGCAUCGACCGCCUGAUCUUGACGCUGCAUCCCAAGUACAAGAACAAGGGCGCAAAUGGAGCCAAAGCAGCUGAGGACGAAGACGACAGCCGCGACCGCAAGACGCGUGUAUUCAAAGGCCUGGCAAUCGCGGACAAGGAGGUUGACUUCAGCGACCCGGAAGAGACGCCUGCGAACAAUGCGCCGGAGCCAGACGUGCUGGACGACACAUUUGCUAUGCUGGAAGGCCUCGCUGGGAAGGGUGCUGGGGCAGGAAGGCCUAAGGAGCGGUCGCGCAAGCGCAGCAUGAGUCCAUACGACAGCGACGACGAUAGGGGCAGCAAGAGGCACAGGCGCAGGGACACGUCACAAUCGAGAUCGCGCAGUCGCGGGAGGCGGCAGCAGGAUCACGAAGAAUUGGUCUUCGAGGAUGAGUUUGGGCGCACAAGGACCGUCAAGCGACACGACAAGCAGCGGAGUCGCAAGAAGUACAGAGACGAAGACCUCGAUGAGUUCCGCCGACCGCCGACCCCUGAGCUGGACGAUGAGCCUGUGCUCUACAAGGUCUACAAUGGCAAGGUCACUGGUGUCAAGGAUUUCGGCGCGUUCGUCAAUCUGCAGGGCGUGAAGGGCAAGGUCGAUGGGCUUGUGCACGUCUCUCAGAUACAGGAGGGAGGACGUGUCAACCACCCAUCUGACCUCCUCUCAAGAUGGCAGGAAGUCAAGGUCAAGGUCGUCAAAAUGGAAAACGGCAGGCUGUCUUUGUCGAUGAAGGAGGUAGAUCAACAGACAGGGCGCGACCUCGCGCCCUCGAGACGUAUCGAGUCCUUCGGAUCGGGUGCAAAUUCCCAAGCGCUGGGAGGCAUACCCGGCCUGAUGGACGGCAACGUGCCUGUGGUUGAAGAUGGCUUCAACAGUCGAAAGAACGGCAUGCGAAAGCGAAUGACCUCACCUGAGAGAUGGGAGAUCAAACAGCUCAUCGCAUCUGGUGUCAUUCCAAAGUCAGACUACCCGGACAUCGACGAAGACUACAACGCACACAUCGCUGGCGAAGGAGGCUUCGAAGAAGAGGAGGACGUCGAUAUCGAGGUACGCGAAGAGGAACCGCCCUUUUUGGCUGGCCAGACCAAGCAGUCUCUUGAGCUGUCACCCAUUCGAAUCAUAAAGGCACCUGAUGGCUCGCUCAACCGAGCAGCCAUGUCUGGAGAUACUUUGGCGAAGGAACGACGAGACCUGCGGCAACAGGAGGCUCAAGAGAAAGCUGCGAAAGAAGCUGCAAACGUGGAUCUCAGCAGUCAGUGGAACGACCCGAUGGCUCAGCAACGACAAUUCGCAAGUGAGCUACGCAACACACGAAGAGACCAGCCUACCGAAGCCAUGCCUGAGUGGAAGAAGAUUUCGACCAACAGUAAGGACGCUUCGUUUGGUAAGCGCACCAACAUGAGCAUCAAGGAACAACGGGAAUCUCUGCCUGUCUACAAGUUCAGGAAGCAGCUGCUCGAGGCCGUUGCGGCUCAUCAGAUCCUGAUCGUCGUUGGCGACACAGGAUCUGGUAAGACCACACAGAUGACUCAGUACCUAGCGGAGGCAGGGUACGCCAACGAGCUUGUAAUCGGCUGCACACAGCCUCGACGUGUUGCAGCAAUGAGUGUGGCUAAGCGUGUCGCUGAAGAAGUUGGCUGUAAGCUCGGUAACGAAGUUGGUUAUACCAUUCGAUUCGAGGACAACACAUCGCCAGAGACACGUAUCAAGUACAUGACAGACGCUGCAUCAUGCUGGACGAGGCCCACGAGCGUACCAUUGCUACUGACGUUCUUUUCGGACUCUUGAAAAAGACCCUCAAGCGACGACCAGACAUGAAGCUCAUCGUCACAAGUGCCACAUUGGAUGCCGAUAAGUUCUCUGAGUACUUUUACAAGUGUCCUAUUUUCUCAAUUCCUGGACGAACGUUCCCUGUCGAAGUCAUGUACAGCCGAGAGCCCGAAUCGGACUACCUGGACGCUG